AUGUCUAGUUUUGGCGAUUUUAAGAAAGCCGAUUUGAAAUUAGUCUUGAAGAAAUUGGGAGUUCACUCGUUAACUAAGGAUACUAAAAAAAUCAUGGUUGAGAAGUUGGACAACUAUCUCGUCAAGAACCCCCAAGGGUUGGCGCAGGUCGAGGCCAUUUUGGAAGAAGUUGGAGCUUCUAAGGUUGAUGAGGAGGAAGUCACCGUUGUUGAAGAGGCCGAUGUCGACGACGAUGACGAAGAAGAGGUGGGAGAAGGUGUAGAAGUUCUCCAAGUAGUCCAGGAAAUUGAAGAAGAAGAAGAUGAUGAUGAUGAAGAAGAUGAUGAAGAGGAUGAGGAGGAGGAUGAAGAGGGCGAGGGUGAAGGAGAGGAGGGUGAAGAAGACGACGAAGAGGCAGACCCAGACUACAAUGCGCCUCCACCUUUGAACUUGAAAGAAACCGUACUCGAUCCCGUAUUGGCCAAAGGAGAAGAAGCCAUUGACAAAAUCUACGAAUUGAGCGAUUCCCUCAGCAUUUCCUUCUUUGAAUACACCGAGAGAUUAAGAGACCAGUUAUCAUCCACGGUGACCUUGAACUAUUUUGAGUUAUUAUUGGAGUUUUCCUUCUACUUGUAUAAUUUCACCUCAAUUGUGCCCUUGAACAAAAACAAAGCCAUUCACCAGAUCUUCCACGACAAUUUACCCUUGCUCGCCAAUUCAACCAUCCCAUCACUAGAAAUCGCGGGAUUGCUUGAAUACAAGGCAAUCGCCACGGGUUUAACCUGGUUCGUCUCGGCCUUGAUUUUGCCUUCGCUCAUUUCCUACUUUGUCAACUUCACCUCGAGAGUGGUCUUGAUCGGCGACGAAGAGUUUGUGUUUAGAUACCAUUCAUUCGACCCUUUCAUCUUUGCCCUUGCCAAAAUUUUGAUCUACUACUUGGUGGGACAAAGCGCCAUGAUUGAGUUUUCCACCGGUGAAUGUUGGUGCAGCAGUUAUUUCAACAAGUUCUUGAUGCACUUGGGCUUGUACCACUCUUUUGUCUCCACCUUGGGCAGCUUGCCUUAUGUUUUAGGUGGUGUCAAUGUCUUGAUUGUGUUGUACUCCCAAUUUGAAGAAUUUUAA